AUGGAGAACAUUAAAAACCAAGCACACUACCACAAUCCUGUCAUAUUGCAGAGUGAGGACUUGACAAAUUAUAUAUUGGAGACUGCUGUUUACCCUAGAGAGCCAGAGAUUCUCAAAGAGCUGAGGAAAGCCUCUGAGAUUCACCCUUGGGGUUUCAUAGCUACUUUACCUGAGGCUGGUUCACUAAUCAGUGUACUUUUGAAGCUUUUGAAUCCAAAAAAGACAAUUGAAGUGGGAGUUCUUACCGGAUACUCUCUUCUCCUCACUGCCCUCAACAUUCCGCAUGAUGGAAAGAUUACAGCCAUAGAUAUUGACAGGAAAGCUUAUGAAAUUGGAUUACCGGUCAUAAGAAAGGCUGGAAUGGAACAUAAGAUUGAUUUCAUAGAGUCUCCAGCUCUACCAAUUUUGGACAAACUGCUAGAAGAUGCAUCAAAUGAAGGAAGUUUUGAGUAUGCUUACAUUGAUGCUGACAAAGAUAACUAUGUAAACUACCAUGAAAGACUGAUAAAACUAGUCAAAGUUGGUGGGUUACUUAUAUAUGACAACACACUUUGGGGGGGAAGAGUUGCUUGGGCUGAAGAGAAAGUUCCAGCAUAUGCCAAAGAAGGAACAACAGCAGCAAUUGAAUUCAACAAAACAAUCAGAGAUGACUCUCGUGUUGAUUUUUCUCUCACUUCUGUUGGUGAUGGACUCAAUAUUUGUAGACGUAUUGUCUAA